UGCUGUCAUUCAUAAUCAGCUGUGAUAACGGUAAAAAUCGUAGAAAGUACUUUGUUUUGAUUUUGACUAGUAGGCAUUUGUUAAUACCGUUUGUUUCGGAAUGUUUAAACUUACCCGUCAUUCGUUCUACACUUUAUUUACUCCAGUGCAAGGCAUGAGAUAUGCGCAUCAAAUCAACUAUUACGACGUGCUGAAAGUUAAGCCGAGCAGUUCAACGAAGGAAAUAAGAGAAUCAUUCAUUAAACUAUCAAAAGAACUCCAUCCGGACGCAACAUUGAGUCAUAAAUCAAACGAAAAGUCUUUUGUACAACUUCUGGAAGCUUACAAAGUAUUAAGCAAACCAGACAGCCGUGCUGAUCACGAUUAUGACCUGUUUUUAAACAAAAAUACUCAAGGACAACAAUCAAUUCGAUAUAGCGGUUAUCAAACAUGGAAACCGAAUGUGGAAGAGCACACCACACCAGAUCCGGAUUUCUACUAUGGAAUAAAGGGAGUCAAGCGGGUCAGCAAUUGGACGAUUGUGAUAUGCUGCGGAGUUUUCAUGGUCAUUGGAGUAAUUGUACAAGUGAUUGCAAUAAAUAAUUCGUUCACAUUUAAGCGCCAACAGCUCGAUGAAGCAUCUCGAAAAAGUGCUCUCGCUCAUGCGGAAGCUCGGGCGGAAGCCGAAAGUCUUGGCAAUGAAGGCCAAAUCGCCAAAAUGAAAGCAAAAUUGAAUAAAGAAGCCAUGCGGUAGUAGUGAAGCCGCAGUUGUAAAUACAUGUAGCUGUAAAUAAAUUUUAAAUGUGAUUAUGAUUUCAUUAACUACCUCGAAAUAAUCAUAGAUUCAUUCUGUCGAGCUUUA